CCGAGGAGUCCGCGGCUCGGCAGAAAACUUGACAACUAUGGACCAGAUUGGCCCGUUGACAUCCCUGUCUCCUCCACAUUCAUCGUCCUAGCGCCAGUUCCACCACGACUUUUCCCCAUGGUUCUCAUUUCACGACAUCUAUUUGCGUAACGGAGCCAGGAAACAGAAUCUAUGCGUUCUCUUCCCCGGCCUACCCCACGAUGAAGGUAGCAACAUCAUCUUGUCUAAGUCUGAACUCCGGGCAUCUCGCUUCUCCAGAACCUUGCCCUCGGCAGCCUUCAAAAGAAUUUGUGAUUCGUCCUCGGUUGCUGUUGGUAGGCUGUCGCUGACCAUAAAGCCUCUGCUUUUCCUGCUGACCCAGUCCAUCACACUCCUCAAUCAUCAUUGUUGUUAAGUCCAAUCCCAAUCAAUUGAUUCCAAACCAUCAUGGCGACCGGUCAGCAAAUCCUACACAUGGACGAACCAAAAACCGCCAUCAUGGACGAGACAAUUCAAAAGCCUACAACUAUCGAUACUGUUCAUGGUGACGAAGCGCUGAAAGUCAUUGUUCAAGCUGGCGGAGAUGAUGUCUGGGAAGAGCAUGAGGAGAAGAAGGUUGUCAGGAAGAUCGACAUGCGUCUCAUGCCCAUCUUGUGUGUCACGUAUGGCAUCCAGUACUAUGACAAAGCGAUGCUUGCGCAAGCGGCUCUAUUUGGUCUGCGGGAAGAUCUCGACCUGGAGAAGGGCAAUCGAUUCGUCUUCUCAUCCUCCAUCUUCUAUCUUGGCUUUAUCAUCGGAGCUUACCCGGCGAUGAUGAUGGCUCAAAGGUGGCCCAUUGAGCGGGUGGCUGGGGGUAUCACCUUCAUCUGGGGAAUUUGUGUCAUGUCGAGUGCCGGGUGCAAGACUUUUGGCGCAUUUUAUGCCCAAAGGUUUUUCCUCGGGGUGAUCGAAGCCGGAAUCUCGCCGCUUUUUAUGCUCGUCGUUGGUGGAUGGUACAAGAAGAACGAACAGGCUUUGCGAAUGGGCGCCUGGUAUUGCUGCACAGGCUACAUUUCCAUCAUCUCUCCCAUCAUCAACUACGGCCUUGGCCACAUCACUGGAGGCUCUCUGCAUCCAUGGCAAUACAUGUACCUCUUCGCCGGAGCCAUCACAACACUGUGGUCUGUUGUCGUUCUCUUCUUCCUACCUCCAGACCCGAUCCGAGCCAAGGGCUUCAAUGAUCGCGAACGCUACAUCGCAGUGGCGCGACUGCGUGUCAACAAUGCCGGCGUCCGAAAUGUUCACUUUAAAAUUAACCACGUUGUCGACGCGUUAACCGACAUACGAUUCGGUCUCAUGUUCUGCAUCACCUUCCUAAUGUUCUUCGCCAAUGGACCCAACUCUACUCUCUCGGCUAUCAUCGUCAAUAGCUUCGGCUUCUCCACCCUCAACUCUCUACUGCUAGUCGCACCGGCGGGCUUUCUGUCGGGGACUGUGGAGCUGGUCGUGUGCUACCUGGCGUACCGGUUCAAGAACGUCCGCAUCUACCUCUUUGUGGUUUGCGUCUGUGCGACGAUCGCCUCGUGUUGUCUCCUCUGGCAACUGCCCCGGCACGACAAGGUCGGUCUCCUCAUCGCCAUCACCUUCCUCCCCAGCUUCGGCGGCGGCUACGCUCUCCUGAUGGGUCUGCAGAUUGCAAACACCGCCGGGUACACCAAGAGAUCCGUGACUUCUGCGGGCAUGUUUGUCGCUUGGUGUCUCGGCAACUUCACCGGACCUCUCCUCUUCAAGAAGGAGGACGCCCCCGUCUACGGUCCUGGGUUCAGGGUCGUCGUGGCCGGGUCUGCGGCCGCCGUGGGUCUUGCCGUCCUGUACAGGUUCGUUUGUACGUGGGAAAACCGUCGACGAGACCGUGCUGGAGUGUCCGAGGCGUUUGAGCAUGCCUACAACGACGACAUGACGGAUACCAACAACAAACAAUUCAGAUAUGUCAUGUGA